UAUUUGCCAGGUACUAAGUACUUGACUGAUUUCACUUAGUAAAUCUGCAUAACAACUUUAAGAGUGAGAUCCUGAAAAUUACCUCCAUUUUCUAGGUAAGGAAACCAGAAUCCAAUGUGAGUAGUGUUCCCUGCAGUUGUGCAACAUGGGGAUCCUGGAGAAAUUGAGGCAAAGAGAUGCUAUAAUGACAUACCCAAGAUCACAUAGCUAGAAAAUGUCUGAACAGAAGGAGGAAGAAGAAGUUGAUACUCAGGAUACUCUUGAUCCCGAUGCCGCAGAAGAAAGUGAUGGCGUUCAUGAGAGUGUCAAUAUUCCAGUUACCUCAGAAGAGCUUCCAGAGUCAGAUCAAAGUGAAGACAAUGACUCUGCACUAGAUCCGCCGGGCGAUGACCCCGAAACAGGAGCUAAGGGGCAGAGUGACCGGAGCUCUUCAAGCCUGGAUUCGAACGAAGAACAACCCAUGGAAUUUGAUAAUGUAACACAGUUAACCAAACAGUAUUCAGAUGAUUAUAAUCUGACAUUUCUGGAUAAAAUAAAGUCUAUAAAGGAAUCUCUGAAAUCAUCAAUGAUACAUCCGUCAGCAACAGUAAAAGUUGUACUUCCUGUGGGCCAGGAAAUUAUAAUGCCUUUCCAAAUUGACAGCAUUUUAAAACACCUGAAAGAUCACUUUUCAUACUUAUUAAAUGUGCCAUCUGAUGUACUGCAGUUAACAUGUGCAGGAAUGAUUCUUAAAAAUAAUGAGACUCUGCUACAACAUGGCGUGAAGGCUCAGGAUAUUGUACAGGUGGAAAUCUUUUCUACUCUUCCAGAUCUAUAUCCAAUCAAAAGAAUAAAUAGAUUAAGUGAUAACUAUCAAUUAAUACCUGUCAGAGUACAAACAGGCAUUGGUCAGUACCAGCAGGUAGCUGUUGAGGUGAUAAAAUCUGACUUUCACAAACCAUUUCUUGGUGGAUUCAGAAAUAAACUAACAGGAAUAGAAUAUCACAAUGCUGGAACACAAACUGUACCUAGAAAGAUUUCUGAAAAAGCCAAUGUAUUUUGUAGGGAUACCCAGACAGUUUUUCAGAGAAAAAAGCUCCUACAAACUGUGAAUACUACAUCCACACAGAUGACUAAAAUUGGUGUGUAUGUAUCAAAUAUGACUGAUAAACUGAUAACACCAGGAAAGUAUUUUACAGCAGCAGAGUAUCAUGCUCAAAGGUUAGAGGCGGUAAUAGUGUUACAGACUUACUAUAGACAAUGGCAUGCUAAAAAACGGGUAGAGAACUUAAGAAGACAAAAAAUGUUAAGGCUUAAGUGGGAAGAAGAGGAAGAACUAAGAAAAAUAAGAGAAAAAGAAGAAUGGAUUAAAUUGGACUAUUACCGGAGGCAUAAUCCUCAAACAAAAGAAGAUUUUGAACUUCUUUAUAAUGCACUGGAACUCUGGCAGCAAGAAGAACUGCUACGCAUUAACCAAUCUUUCACUGGGGCUGAACGGAAAUCUGCUUUGUGUGAACUUCUGGAGAAAGAGACCCAGAUAAUUACUUGCAUUGGGAGACAUAGGCGCGUGGCUUCUAUGGCAAACCAGGAAGCGAUGAUACAAGCUUUUUUGAAUAAGUGUUCAGCUCCAAAGACAUGGAGAAGACUUGAUGGCAAAAUAAUUGAGAUGGAUACACAGUUCACUAUCAGAGCCAGAGAGCUGCAAAACAUCUAUAAGUGCAUUAUGCUGAAAAAUAUCUCUCAAGAUGAGAGACUGGAUGUACUCUUAACACUUAAACAUACUGUGAAGGAACAUGAAUGUAAAUUGACUCAUGAAAUUCUAGAAUUGAUUGACAGAGAGGUUGACCUGAUGAUGAGAGGAGUCAAGAAUGAUAACCUUGAAGGGCUCAGAAAAAGAAUUGCAACACUGUUUUUACAUUAUAUCAAAACACCUCUGUUUAAUCCAGAAGUUGCAAGACACCUUAAGGUUCCUCAAGACCCAUUGAAAUUUUAUAAGAAGAUUUACUUUUGCCACUGUUGCCAGCUCUAUUUGCCAUCUACAGAGUUUGCUAUAUCAUCCACCUCACACCGCAUAUACCGAUGUCGUAACUGCAUUAACCUUGACAACGAGACUCGACAACGAGAAUCAUUUUUGAAGUACAAAUGUUUACUUCAGCGGCUCUACUAUUCAGAAGCUGAUUAUGAAGAUGACUCUACAAUUGCUUUCCUGAUGCAGCUGCAAGAUAUUCAGUACCUGACGGAGAACAUCUGGGCGUCCCAGUCAGCACUCAGUGCCUGUAAUGACCUCAAUGAUCUGGUCAUGGUCAGGUGGGACAAGUCCUUGGAGUGGUCCCCCUGGAACUGCAUUCUUCUUACCAAAAAUGAAGGCGCUGCUCAUCUCAAGCUAACAAGUAUUGAAGAGGGAUAUGAACACCUGUUUAUUCACAAGAUCAAACACAAACAUAUCCUGGCUAAGAACUAUUUUUCUCAAAUUCCAGUCCUGGCUUCAUUUAUAUAUGAUGAUGCUGAAAUAGAUGAGAUUAGAAAGAAAUAUGAACCAGAAACAGGACCUAAGAUUAUAGAAUCCCAGAGUCCGAAUCCUUAGAAGACCCAGGAGUAUUUGUUUGAUGAUCAGCGUUUUUGUUCAUUGCUAAUCAAGUAAAACAGAGGUCACACAAUAUGAAAACAGAAUUUGUUAAAUUGAUCUUACUGGGUUUUCAUAGUAUCAUAAAUUGUAUAAAGAGAAAACAUUGCUAUAUACAUGUUUUAUUGUUAGACAAUUAAUGUUGAAUUGGAAUAUAAUUUUGUUACUAAAAUUAAUAUUUUAAAGUAAAGAGAACAUUUUACAUAUUUUUGCAUUAAAAGUUUCAAAAAUUUCAGGUGCAUUAUAGUUAAAAGGAAUAGAGAAAAGCUAGGCUUAACUUUCAA